AUGGAGUUGCGGGAAGAAUUGGAGGAGCUCUCAGAAGGAAGUAGUAACCCAUGGAUACUGGGGGGUAAUUUCAAUGUUAUACUAUAUGCAGAGGAGAAACUAGGAGGUCUCCCUUUUACUCAUUCAGAGGUUGCUGACUUUGCACAUUGUGUUAGCAAUAGUGCGCUUGUGGAAUUACCAACCACAGGAAGCAAAUUUACAUGGUGUAAUGGAAGAAUAGAAGAGGAAUAUAUCUUCAAAUGGUUAGAUAGGGUUAUGGUCAACCAUGAGUUCCAGGAUAUACUGCCGAGUAGUAGUGUUCAACACCUAAUUAGACAGGGUUUAGAUCAUGCUCCCUUACUAAUGGCUAAUAGGUGUGAUCUUAGUAAAGCUGAAGCGGAGCUCAGAAAAUAUCUCAACAUUCAAGAAGAAUUUUGGAGGCAAAAGGCUGGUAUGAGAUGGUUCAAGGAUGGGGAUAGGAAUACAAUAUUUUAUCAUACAUAUGUCAAAGGAAGAAGGAAAGAGCUGCAUAUAGGAGAGAUUAAAUUUAAUCAUGAAGAUGUCCUCAAGACUAAUGAUCGAAUAGGAGAGGCAACUGUUGACUUCUUCGGGGACCAGUUUCGAGAAGCAGAUGUGAUGAUUAAUGUAGCGAUGAUCAAUAAUAUACCUCGUGUGAUCUCGGCAGAGCAGAAUGAUAAGAUGGAAGAACUACCAAGCUUGGAGGAGAUUAAAACAGUGGUUUAUAAGCUGAAUGGAGACAACACCAGUGGACUGACUAGAUGGAUUUUUAGGAUCUUUUUUCCAAGUGUGCUGUGA